GCUGCCUCACACGAAAGCCCUACCGGCCGAACAAAAAAGCCUCGACCGCUGAACUCUAACGACGAGGGACGAAAGUUUUUCGUUGGUGCAUUACCAGUUGUUUGGCUUAUGAUGUCUAAACAUAUCUAGUUACUGGCUGCCGUGUUUUCAGCAACACUUCGUUCUCCUGGCCUGGGUUACACUUUUGCCAAUUACAGUUUUUAGAACAGAUUGAUGUGAAUCACAGAGGUACACUUGGUUUUUCUUCGUGAGGACAGAAUUUAUAAUAAUUAGAGUAAGGCCAAUAACGGGUUUCGAGUUGCUCGAGUUGCCACGAGUUGCUCGAGUUGCCGAAGCGAAGAGCUUCACUCCUGGAACGAGUUGCCACGAGUUGCCGGAAGGUGUCCGCUCCAUCGAAAUGGAGCGAAGCAGGGCGGUGCGAGCACCAGCCCAGCCGCUCGGAGUGGCGAAGUGUAGGAGGCUGCCGCUUUUGUUGUUGCUCAUGAAGGGGGCAAUCGGGUACGGAGGGCGCCUGAGCCCUUACGCCUUCUUUUUUGUAGCUUGCGCGCGAGCGCUUUAUAGAGCACAACCAAGGCCAAGGGAGCGAAGGACUCGCCUCUUUGUUGUUUUUGUUUGAUGUCAGUGUCGCUGUGGCGUGUGGUGUCGUCUAGUCGCUGACGAUCUCUCCUCUUUUUCUUCGGAUGUGUGCCCAAUGAGUCCACUCCGGGGGUGGGAGCGAAUGGCCCCGUCUGCUUGAUAGGGCGGCGCGUCCAGCCUUGCUUGGGGUGAGUAGACUAGAGGAAGCAUCCCACUAGGUGGAAGCGGGGGCUGGAAGUGGGUCAUCGCACUAGUUUCGUCGUCUUUACUUAGAUGCCGCGAGUAACUAGAUGACCAAGCAGGUGGCUGAGUAGAAUGGGACGAGUUUCGAGCCCGAGACGGUUACUCGCUCCUGUCUCAAGGGUGCACUGCGAAGAAAAUCAAGGACCAGCGACACGGCUCGCAGUGUCGUACGCUCCUGCUAAGGUUUCGCGGAGUCUCAUAAAGCCGCGCCCGAAGGGCGCCGCGUAAAAAAUUAGGGUGGGCAACUCGAGCAACUCGAGCAACCCGAGCAACUCGACCCGAUACGGGUCAAAAAGUGCCUUAUUCUAUUAUAUGUAUGACCAACUACUUCAUCUACUAACUUCGAAAUAGUUUUAGUAUUCUGGUAGAGCCACUGCCUCUGUCACAAAUUACCCUUACACCACUAACCCGACAUCAUGAUCUUAUCCUCCUUCAUGACAUUGAAUCCCAAUGGAGAUUUAAGUCCAUUUGAGGACCAUGCUUUACGUGAAGCCUUCGAAACGUUGGCAGUUUGGCACCGUUUGAACCCGACCCCAGGCCAAGCAACGAUAGAGCAUGUUCUUAUCCUGGGUGCAAAAGGCGCGUUUCAACCUCGAGAACGACAAUCCAAACCGGAAAAUAUGGUACUGAUGUUAUAGAUACUAUAAUGAAGGUCGCUAGAAACACUCAAAGUAACAGCUUAUAAUAUAAUUUUAUCCGCUUAGUACAGGGGAGCUAGAACUUCUAUCUCUAUGAAGACUUCUUUAUCAACCAUGUACAUUGGUGUAUAUAAGACGUCGAUAUGAACACCAUCUAAAUACAUCACGGUCAGGCUGCACGGCAUGGUCGGGG